GGAUCGAAACCGGGACACACUGGUGCAUCCCUGUCCACCCCAAAACGGAGUGGGGUCACCACCACCACCAGCCCCUACUGUUAGUGUUACCUACUACCACCACUGCUGCGCCCGACCGACCGACCGCACAGCCUACUAAGCGGGAAAGUCAUCAAGAGCGCGAGAAAGAGAGAAGAAAGAGAGAGAGCGCGCGCACAGCGAAAGUGAGAGCGCUAGUGAGAGUGAGUGAGUGUGUGAGCAGGCAAGCGCACUCGCGCAAACAUACACACACACACGCGCGCGCACAAGCGAAAGAAGCAGUGUGUUAAUAUAUAACAAGUUUCUCAAGACUUCAGUCUUAAGAAAGUGUACCGUCCACCAACAUCUUUCGCAAAAAAAAGCUGGCCGACCGGGGCAAAACAAGCGCUAGCCCCCCCCCGAGGUAGCCCGCGCUCGUGGUGUGUAUGUGCGGAUUUUGUCGCGCGUUUUUUUUUUCUUCACUGGUGCAGAAUUUUCCGCGCUUUCCCGAAACGACCGUUAAUGCUUCCCUGCUGUUACCUGUCACAGCCAAACAGCCAGCGGUGAUGCCGAACGCAGCGAACAGUUGAAUGAAUCAUGGAUUAUUUCUACUUCUGGAUCUACAACAAAUGAAAUCGUUUUGAUUAGUGACAAGUGCCUAAUUGUUCCAAAGUGUUGCAAUCGAUUGUUUUGUCUUCGUGUGCAGUGAGUGUUUGAACAAACUUGAUACAGUUGUUCUAUCGGAAAGGUGAAAUAUUAUACAAAAAGAGAAUAAGAAGGACUGACACGUGUCUGCAGUGUUUUGGAGAAAGGUUAAGGUGCAAUUGCUGGCGAAAGAGAGAUCGAAGCAUAAUCCAAUGUGCAAUUUGGUGGCGUUUGUGUGAAUGGAAAGCAGCAAAGCGGAAGAAAAAUCGUGCAAUAAUUCUAUGAUUUUGUGUUGUGCCUGCAGAAGUGCGACGUGCUGGUGAGUGAAUUUGUGUACACCUCGUCACCUCUUUAUGUAUCCACCCCUUGGCACGAGCGAGUGAAUAGUGGGCCAAAAAUAUGGAAUCGCCGCAAAUGUACGAUACGAAUCAAAUCCAAGUGCGCAGUGAUAUCAAGAAGCUAACGAUGGCCGCGAACAAUAGCGUGAACGGUGCGAACGGCACGGCCAACGGGGCCUCGCCGACCAACAACAACAACAACUCACCGACCGCGAUUAAUCAGAACACGCUGGCGAUGAAGCAGCAGCAGCAGCAGCAGCAGCAGCAACACCAGCAGGUCCAGCAGCAGGUCCAGCAGCAGCAGGUCCAACAGCAGCAGCAGCAGCAGGUUCAGCCCCAGCAGCAGGUGCAGCUCGGCCAGCACGCCGCCACCAACGGUGCGUCCGGCGGUCUGCUCUCCAACGGUAACCUCCUGUCCAAGCAGAUGCUGCAGCAAAUCCAGUACUCCCAGUCCGAGCUGGACGAGCUCACGUCCCAGGAGAUCUCGCUCGACCUGCAGCACCUGAUCGACGACCAGUUCCGCGACCCGGAAGCGCUCGGCAUCUUCACCGAGAUGGUGACGGUCGGCAGCACCAACGGUACGAUGGCGAACCCGCUCGUGCAGACGGCCGCCGCCAAGGCGCUCCAGCUCCAGCAGGCCCGGCUCUCGCAGCACUCGAACGGUGGCAACAGCUACCAGCGCUCGCUCGCCUACAUGCCCCAGCCGGUGCAUACGGGCGCCGCGUACGGCAGCACCUCGAGCGACGAGAACAGCUCCGUCGGCUCGUCCGCCGACUCGGCCAACAUCAAGGAGGAGCCCGUCGACCCGAACGAGUACCGCCGGCAGCUGCUCGCGAACGGUGCCUCCGGGGGCGCCCAGUUUAUGGGCACCAUCAACGGGUACCCGGGGCUGCCGGGGGCCGGUGGCGGUGGUGGUGGCGCGGCAACACCCAACGGUGUCCCCGGGCGCUCGGCGUCCGGUGGCGGCGGCACCACCCCCAGCUACGUCACCAACGGCAACGGUAACAGCUUCUCCAGCCUAACGCCCGCGACCGUGCUGCACCAUCAGGCGCUGCCGCAUCUGUCCGGCGCCGCCCAUCUCGCCAACCUGACCAAGCACAGCAAGAUGCUGCCGCACGUGGGGCGCAAAACGCAGCAAAAGGUGGUGGACAAGGGCACGGACGAGUACCGGAGGCGGCGCGAGCGGAACAACAUCGCGGUGCGGAAGUCGCGCGAAAAGGCGAAGGUGCGGUCGCGCGAGGUCGAGGAAAAGGUGAAGACGCUGCUGAAGGAGAAGGACGUGCUGAUACGCAAGAUCGAGGAGAAGAACAACGAGAUCGCGCUGUACAAGCAGCUGUACAUGCACCUGAUGAACCACAGCAACCCGGAGAUCAACCAGAUCUGUCGCAGCGCGCUGAACCUGUCCAACAUGGGCGACCACAUGUGAUUUGGUGCGCUUUUGGGUGAAGCGUUUCGGGGAAUCGUUGUCCGCUGCUUUUUUUUUUUGGUCGGUCCAGAGCCGAGGACUGCUGCGUUGCAUCCUGGGUUACAUCUCACUUUUCCUCCCAAACAGCCCACAGCAGCAGCAGCAGUCCAGUAUGGUACGGUCGGAGAUGUCCCCUGUAUUAGCUACCCAUCGUCCAUUCUACGUUGCGUUUUGUACACAUAAUACACACAAACACACACGAACCAAAGACAAGUUAGGCUCGCAGGAUAUUCUUUCGCCCCAACUCGGGACGUGGAAUGGAGUCAAACGAAGACACACAAAGACGGCGCAAAUGUAAGGAAGGCGAAAAUGAGGAAGCGAAAUUUCGGUGGGGGGGACAAUCCCGAAUUCGAUUCGACCGCAGGCAGCUACUAACCGAAAAACAAUAGCACAAACACACACAUACACUCUUGUGACAGCUAGAGCAGUGAACGUGAAGCAAUUCGAAAGGAACUUAAAUACCUGUACAUAGCGUUUAAGAUAUUCGUGUUUAUUUGCUACUGCGACGUUAUUAAUGUUAUUAUAAUUAUUGCCGUUUUUUUUUUUUUGUUGUGUAUAGAAGAGGAUGCAUUCGCUGAGUGCAUUGCAUUGCGGAGCAAUUGGGUGGACAGGGGAACAGGGACGAAUGUAGCAUACAUACAGUUAUAUAUAUCUAUCUCUCUCUCUCUAGUGACGUACAGCGACCGAUGAAACGAAUCGUUCGACACAAUACCUACUUAAGUACUACUUUUUGCACAAAGAUUCACAAGAAACAUACACACACACCCUUUUGGUACGGCUGGUUGUAGAUAAGACUUGAUGGAAAUGUUUUCUUUCGUUUUCUUUUUUUUGUAAAUUUGUUCUUUAGUUUCAUGGUUAAGCUGUAUGUAGUGUAGUGUGCUUUAUUCGUUCGUUUGCGUUCAUCCAGAGUCAGGGCAGAUACGUCUGUUAAGAAAACGGUUAAAAUACAAACUACUUUUUUACAAAAUUACACUAAAACACUGUUCUACUUCCUUUUCUUUCUUUUUCUUCCUGUAUCUUCAUCUCCAAUUACUGUUUGUGGUGUACUUGUAACACGUUAUAAGCUACAGGUUAAUGUUUCCACCCUUAAGACUGAUGUUCCUGUAAUUCUUUUAGUGUUUUUCCUAUUUCAUAUUUCUCUUCAUUCCUCUUUUUCUAUUUCUGUUGUUGCAUCUUUGCAGAUGUUUCAAACAAAAUUUGAUUUUCUUUUUCCAUACACCUGUAUUAAUCUUUUCCUUUUCUCUUCCAACAAUCGUUUACACUAUUCUUUUGUUUCUUUUUCUACUUUUCAUUCUUUUAUUUAUUGUUUCAUUCUAUUAUCGUAUUGUUCGGACUUCUUUCAUUCAAAUACUCUGUUUCUCAUGUUUUUUCGUUGAUCUUUUUCUACUUUUCCUUCUGAAAUUUACCUUAUUUAUUGUUUCAUUCUAAUAUCUUAUCGUUCGGACUUCUUUCAUUCAACUACUCUGUUUCUAAUGUUUUUCCUUGAUCUUUUUCUACUUUUCCUUCUGAAAUUUACCUUCAAUUGAAAUUUACCUGAAAUCUGUUUUUUUCCUCUCAUCUUUUCAUUUUCAUAACUAACUAAAAGCUUGUUGCUCUAAAAUACUCUCUCCAAUCAUUUGUCAAGAAUCUUCUUUUACUAUCUUGUUCGCACACUGUUUCUUUCUACCUUUUCUUUUAACAACUCCGCAUCUAGUACUUUCCCGAACUAAACCAAAAGACGCAACCACACCACCUUCCAUAAUUUUCCUCACAAAUGUUAGACACAAUGAACCAGUUAUGUAAAUAAUGAACCACACACAUACACAUAUCCCAAAAAAAAAAUAAAGGCAAACGAGCACACAACCUCAACUUAUCGAACUAUUGUUACCAAUGUGCGUAUCAAAAACCUAAGAACUUAAAACCCGUAAUAACGUCGAGCUAGGAAGUCGAGUAGGCAAGUGUCUGACAUUGUUCUGUGUUAAGCGAACGCGUGAUUAGAAUAUUGGGUGAUCGAAUUAUCCCGAUCGCGCGCGACCCAGCGAGCGAACGAAGGGGAGCGACGAAAAUGAGACCACCGGCAAGAGCUAAAAUAACCGAUACUGAAGCGAUCGUACUGAACCCAAUCGAUAAGUGGAGUGAAUAUUUAAAUGUCUAGAAAAAUGAAAACGCGCGAAGGUGUGAAAGUGAAAGCGGAAGCGAAUCGGCAUGGCCUAAGAGGCCCCACAAUCGCACCACAACGGUCACUGUGCGCAUGAGAGUUCUUGGUGCGCCUGUAUCAAAAAGGGAACAGAGCAAAACGGUGAAUCAAGGGGUGACAACUAGAAACAAUGAAACCGAAGAUAAGUUAUGAAACUGAUGAGGUGCACUAGUUGUGUUUAAGUAGGUGAACCGUGCGUCCUACGAGCCGAAACGAUAAGUUACCAGACAGAGUUAGUCUUAGUCAUCUCCUGCACCCCAAAUAUUGUAUAAAGAGAACGAGAGUGAGCGAGCGAGCGAUGCACCCACAGACGCUAGAAUUUCUUCACUCUCAACAUGAUGAUGAUCGUUUUGUAGCAUGAUUGUUAAUUUAAUUUGUGUUUUUCUCUCUCCCUUUUGCGAUUCUUUGUUGAGUAUCAACUGGACAGAUAUUCCAUCACAAUUUGCGAAAUGUGCGGUGGAUGCGUUCUAGUACGCCCAGUUUAGCGUAAUGGUAGGGUUAAAAAUGGGUGACAGCAACCGUUCGGCAGCAGCAAGUGGUCUCUGUUAAGUUGAUAGCAUGGAACAUUGAAAUCUGUGUAAUCCCAUACCUGUAACACACACACACAUACACACAUAAAACACAAACACCCACACCACCUUUCUUCUCAGCUUGUGAUGGCAAACAACUUUUUUGUAGUUAGCUGAAUAUUAAUCGAGACAAACAACUCUACAUAAACA